CCCGAGCAUCAUGUGUUAUCAUUCCGGCUGAGGAUGCAACCAUGGAGAUUACCCAACAUUCAUCAACAUGAUCACCAACGGGUAUACUUUCUCCGGGGCUAGCAGUGAGGAUCCUCAUGAUCAUCUUCGCCGGUUCGUGAGCAUAUGCGAUACCAUGAAAAGCCCCACAGUAUCUGAUGAUGCAAUCCGUCUUCGGAUGUUCUCAUUCUCCGUGAUAGGGAAUGCAUCACACCAGUUUCAGAACUUAACACCACGUUCCAUCACGACAUGGGCUCAGCUUGAGAAGGUCUUUCUGGAUAAGUACUUCCCACCCGCCUUGGCAAUGAAGAGGCAAGAAGAGAUUGUUACUUUUAAGUAGGCUGAUGAUGAGAGUCUAACUGAGGCACGAGAGCGCUACAAGGGGUUGUUGAUGAAAAGCCUUAGUUGCAAAGCUUCGGCCGGCACACCAUUGAUUUUCAAGCUCCCCGUGAGCUCCAAGAAUCUCUGCAAGUGCUCUCAUGGUGACUCGCUCUCAAGGCCGUGGAAUAGAGCAUUACUUUGUAU